ACAAGAAAAAAGCAUUUAAUUUUCCCAAGUGGAUCUCUUCUACAAGAUUUCUUUCGGUCUUCCUCUGUCUUGUUUCCCACUAUUUUCUUCUUCCAAUUUCUGAAAAUUGCAAGCGAUGGGUAACGUCUGCCCAUUUCAAAUUCAAUGCGGAGAUUCCUUCAUCAAUCGCUGCUGGGAUUGUACUUCUGGACAAGCAGAGUACAUAUGCCAACUUGAACACAAUCUUGAAGCUUUGCAGAUUGCAAGAGAAGAAUUAAGGGAGUUAAAGGACGAUGUGAUUCGAAGGCUCGGUAUUGAGGAAGGAGGGAAUAUGAAACGGCGUGAACAAGUUCAAGGCUGGCUUUUAAGGGUCGAAGCUAAGAUAACUGAGGUCGAUGAGCUGAUUGGAGAUGGUCCCCAAGAAAUUCAGAAAUUAUGUCUUGGAGGGUGUUGUUCCAAGAAUCUCAAAUCCAGCUACACGUUUGGGAGAAGGGUUGUGAGAGGACUGCAAGAUGUGGCUGCCCUGAAAAGCAAAGGAGAUUUCGAAGUGUUUGUCGAAAGGUCAGCUAGAGAACCAGUGAUUGAAAGGCCUAUCGAACCAACAGCGGGCCUGGAAGGUAUGUUGGAUAGAGUGUGGAAUUGCUUGAUAGAAGAAGCAAUUGGACUUGUUGGCAUAUACGGUAUGGGGGGAGUUGGCAAAACGACCCUCUUGACUCGCAUCAAUAACAAGUUCCUGGACACACCCCAUGAUUUUGAUGUUGUGAUCUGGGUGGUGGUGUCAAAAGAUUUGAGACUUGAGAAAGUUCAAGAAGAAAUUGCCAAAAAGAUAGGCCUUUCAAAUGAUGGGCAAUGGCAACAUAAAAGCUUUAGCGAGAAAGCUGCGGAAAUCUUCCAAGUCCUGCGGAAAAAGAAGUUUGUUUUGCUAUUAGAUGAUAUAUGGAAGCGAGUUGAGCUUAAAGAUGUUGGCGUUCCUAUCCCGAAAACACAAAACAGGUCCAAAAUAGUGUUUACAACACGUUCUAGGGCAGUGUGUAGUUAUAUGGAGGCUGAACAGAAAAUUAAGGUUGAACCAUUGGCGUGGGAAAAAGCUUGGGAAUUGUUUCAAGAGAAAGUUGGGGUAGACACACUUGAUGCUGAUCCAGAUAUUCCUAACAUAGCUGAAGAAGUGGCUAGAGAAUGUGCUGGUUUGCCACUCGCACUCAUCACCGUUGGUCGUGCCAUGGCCUGCAAGAAGACGCCACAGGAGUGGAGGUAUGCCGUUGAGGUGCUGAGAGUAUCAGCCUCAAAUAUGCAAGUUAUGGGGGAUGAGGUAUUUCCAAUUUUGAAAUUCAGCUAUGACAGUUUACCCAAUUAUAAAAUCAAAUCAUGUUUUUUGUAUUGCACUCUUUACCCUGAGGACUACAAAAUUUCCAAGGAUGAGUUGAUCGAGCAUUGGAUGUGUGAGAACUUUUGGGAUGAAGGCCAUAAUCAAGUGGACGCUUUCAAUGAGGGGUAUAACAUUAUUGGUAUGCUUGUUCAUGCAUGUUUAUUAGAACAUGAAGGCAGUUCUGUAAAAAUGCAUGAUGUGAUUCGUGAUAUGGCUCUAUGGAUAACAUGUGAAGUGGAAAAGGAAGAGCAUAAAUAUUUGGUGCAGGCAGGUGCUCAAUCAAGCAAAGCACCAGAGAUUGAAAGAUGGAGAGGGAAAAAAAGAGUAUCUUUGAUGGAAAACAAUAUUGAGCAACUAACAGAAGUACCUAGAUGCCCUGAUCUUGUAACCCUUUUUCUCUGUGGUAAUGGCUGUUUCAGGAGUAUCCCUGAUGACUUCUUCCAAUUUAUGAAUGCUCUAACAGUACUAGACGUGUCAGAGACUGCAUUAAAAUUUUUGCCAAAUGGGAUUUCAGGAUUGGUAGCAUUACAAUAUCUGAAUCUAUCAAGAACCAAGAUAAAACAAUUGCCUCCAGAGUUAAUGGCUCUGAGAAAGUUGAAAUAUCUGAACUUGGAGCACAAUUAUGACCUACACAGCAUUCCAAGUAAGAUGAUGUCUGGUUUUCCAUUGCUGCAAGUUUUGAGAAUGUUUAGUUGUGGUGUAGUUUGUCAUGUACAAGAUGAAGGUGCUAUAUAUGUAGAGACACUGCUGUUAUUGAAACAUCUGAAAGUAUUGAGCUUCACAAUAAGACAUGCUUAUGUUCUACAUCGUUUUCUCACCAGCCACAAACUCUUAAGCUGUACUCAAGCUUUGUCCCUUCAGGAUUUGAGGGAUCCAGAAUUUUCAUCUUCAACAGAUAUGCAGCCAAAAAAUGCAGCAGCACAAGCUCUUGGUGGUCUCCGUAACCCAGCAAGGUUGAGGAAGAGAAACUUCGACAGGCUUCGGCAUGUGGAUGUGACAAGGUGCCUUCUAUUGCAGGACUUGACAUGGCUCAUUCUAGCACCAAACCUGACAGAACUGUACGUCUCCAAGUGUGAAAAUUUGGAAGAAAUAAUUAGCUCUGCAAAAUUGGGUGCUAUUUUGGAUAAGGAUGAGAAUCUAAACCCAUUUCCAAGACUCAAAGUCCUGAAAUUAUAUCAAUUGCUACGAUUGAAGAGCAUAUAUUGGAACGCCCUGCCGUUUCCAUUUCUACAGGAAAUCACUGUUAUUGACUGCCCAUUGCUUCAGAAGCUUCCCCUAAACAAUGAAAGUGCAAGGGGUCAAGUUGUCAUCAUUGAAGCAGAGAAACACUGGUGGGAUAGCGUUCAAUGGGAGAAUGAAGCUUCUAAAACAGCUUUUCAGUUCUGUUUCCAAGAUCUUGGGAGACGGUCUUGAUUUUCAUUUGUGCAGUAGUUUCUGUUCUACAAAUUUUUGAAUUUGUCCGUUGUGUUCCAUUUAUUAAACCAUAAAGCUUCUCAUAGUGUUUUGAAGGCAAUUGUAUUAGUAAUAAGGAGCAUGACCAUUGUAUUACUAUUUUGACAUUAUGUUAUACAGGAAUUAUUAACAA